GCAUAUUCAUGAUCUCCCGGGCUGAGCUCCUGUGCAUUGAUUUUCUGGCUAUGGCCUGUGAACUUUCGAGAUGAUGAUCACAUCCAUCUUUCUCUUGAUUAGUACAGGUGUUGCAACAAGGCCCUAAUCAUCACAACACCAAUUAACAAGUUGAACGUGAUUUUUCUUUUCUGGCAGAUGGCUCUGGUCAAAGGCCGAAAUAAGACAUCUAUAGCCUUGACAUUUGGUUGAACACAUCAGCGAUUGCCAUUGAUAGACUGUGCGUUAACAAGCACUACAAUCGCACAAGAAGCCGAUCAAGCAUAGUAUGCAGUGUCGGUACAGUAGAUGAGAGAGGCAUUAUUGUCGGCCACCAAACAGGCUUAUUCGCACAGUACCGCGCAGGGCUCAUGGAGUUUUUACCAUGGCUACGUUAUCCCAUUGUCCCAAAACGGCUUGCCGCGCGCAUUCCUUAAGCGGAAACUGUUUGAAUAUACCAUGGCGCGCGCUUCAUUCGAACCUUCCCGUACGUAUAUUGCGGGCAGUUUGUGGAUUUCAAAGCGGAUCACAUCGCCAUUGUCGCGUCCGCGAUGCCCGUAACGUUGUAGACAGGUUCUUUUGUAUAUUUCUAAGCAAAGAACAAGUAGAUGUCUAGGUAUAUAAAUACGAGUGAGGAUAUUCCAACAAAGUCACAAUUGGCCUGAGAUGCAUCAACAGAGGCAUCAACAGAGGCAUCAGCAACAAAGUCUGCCCACACUUUUCGCGAUACCCGGAAUCAUAGCCCAGCAUAUUACUCACUCCACUUGAAAUGUCCGCCAAGAAGAGCAUCGCCGUGAUCGCCAUGAGCGUGCGCCGCCCGCGCGUCGGUCUGCACGUGGCGACCAACGUGCACGCCGUGGUGUCCAAGGCCGCAGGCGACGAGUUCGCCGUCAAGCUGGUGGACCUGGCCGAGUUCAAGCUGCCCGUCUACGACGAGGAGCUCACCCCGGCCAUGGUCACGGACCCACAGGCGCAGUACCAGCACGAGCACACCAAGCGCUGGUCAGCCGAGAUAGCCUCUCACGACGCCUAUGUACUUGUGCUGCCAGAGUACAACUAUAGCAUAUCGGGCGGCGCCAAGAAUGCUAUCGACUAUCUAUACAACGAAUGGAUCGGGAAGCCGAUAGUCGCCGUCACCUACGGCAUCUUUGGUGGUCAGCACGUAUCAGCCGCGGCCAAACAGAUCCUGGAAGGCAUGAAGCUACGUCUGGCCCCCACACGGCCUGCCCUGGGCUUUGUUGGCAACGUUGCCGGCAAGGAUUUCAUGCUCGCUGCGGAUGGCCAGCUCGGCGAGGAGACCAAGAACUUUAUUUUGGAGGGAGAUGGGUCUAAGGAAAUAUCCAAAAGCUUCGACGAACUCAAGGCUCUGCUGGCGACUCCAGUGGAAGCCAAGUAAGUCAUGGAAUUCGUUAGUAUACCAUCAUGCGUAUCUGGAAGCAUCCUAUGUUCUGCAUGUAGACAGUGUCUUGAGCGUUAGACUUGCACCACGU